AUGGAGAAAAAUGAGAAAAUCUAUACAAGAAGUUUUAUUGUAACAACGUCCGGUGAAGAGACUAAUUUUGGAUUUGAUAAUUUUAUUGAUUUUGAUGAAUUAAUGACAAUAAUUAAUGGCGAUCAAUUGGAAAUAUUUGUUGAAAUGUUUUUAAAAACUGAUGAGAUAAAAGUUGAGUUCAAAGAAUUUAUGAACUCGGAAUUUUUGAGUGAUGUGCAAAUUUUUAUUCAGGAGGAAAAAUUCUACGCUCAUAAGUUUAUGUUAGCAGCCAAAAGCCCGUAUUUCAACGAUUUAUUCAAAACCAACAAAGAACUGAAAGAAAUUAAUAAUCUUGAUAACAUAAAACCAGACACUUUUAUUGAAAUUCUAAAUUACAUUUAUACCGAUAGUGUAAAAAAUUGGUCACUAUCAUGCGAUAUUCUAUUGGGAGCACAUUUUCUGAAAAUGGAAAAUCUCAAAUCAAAAUGUGAGGAAUAUUUAAGAAAUAAUAUAACAAUGGAAAGUGUGAGUCCAGUUCUGAUGUUGGCCGUUGCAUGUGAAACGAAAUUUCUAUUGAAACACUGUCUCCAUUUUAUUUUGCAAAAUGUUAAUAGUCUCGCAAAAUCGAAUAAUUUACAAUGCUUGAAAAGUGAACCUAUUAUAAUACUGAAUAUUCUGAAACAAUUAUUUGAGAACACAGCGAAUGGCGAUAUGUCCAUUACUGACAAUAUAAUACUCUAUUUUAAAAAUAGUGCAUCACAAAUUGAUUGCCAAAUGUUAAGGGAUUAUGAACCAUUUUUAAAUAGCGAGAUUUUAAGUGAUAUCACAAUUCAAGUUGGUGAGAAAAUUUAUCAAUGUCACAAAUUAGUUUUAGCUGCUAAAAGUCCAGUAUUGAGAAGAAUGCUAAUGAGCAAUAUGAAAGAAGCUAUUAAUAAUUUUAUCGAAAUUAAAGAUAUGAAAGUUGAAGUAUUUCAAGAAGUACUCAGAUACAUGUAUACGGGAAAAGUGGAAAAUUUACUGGAAGAGAAUGCACUCGACAUAUUGAAAGCUGCCGAUCAGUACAAUUUAGAUCAUUUGAAAAAAUUAUGCCAAGAAUAUUUGGUUGAUUUCUUGAGGCACGAAAAUGUUGUAAAAAUCGUCAAAGUUGCAAACACAUAUAAUGCGCCUUUUUUAAGGAAGAGUUGCGUUUAUUUUAUUGUCAAGCAAAUGGUUUUUUAUUCAAAAAACGAAAAUCUCCCGAAAGUUAUCGAUCUUGAUAGUCUUACUGAUGAUCAUUCUGAUAUUCUUUUUGAAAUUCUCGAUAUUUUGACCAGAAACUGCUUCAUCAAGUACAAUAAAAAUUGA